AUGGAACGCCGACCUCAGCAUUUGUUCCAGCCACAUUACAGAUCCGCCAAUUCGCUCAAUCGUCGUGUCUCAAUGACUUGUAAUUGUAUUGAGAACCCCAAUCAUCGUCACCUCACUCUUCAUAACAGGACCGGGACUCUUCGCUGUGCUUCGAAUCCGCCGGUCGAUUCCAAGAGUCGACCAAAAAGAGAUUUCCGCUUCCAGGUGAUCGAACUCAGGGAAGGCCCCAAAUGGUUCAUCUGGCCGUCCAACAAGUCCCAUGGCGAUGAAAAUAAUCUACUUUCCCAAGAAUUUAACCAAGAAAACCAGGGACAUCGAUCGAGAAGUCAGGUAGAACAGGAGAGCCGCCCUAUUCCCAUAAAAAGUAGGUCUUAAUUAAUCAUGAUUCUGUGGUUUCAUGAUGUUUUUGGGUUUACUGAGUGUUUUCUUGAUCUCCAUGUGAUGUCAACGUUGAUUUAUUUUAGGUCCCCGUUUGGACGGAAGAAAAAGUUCAAUGGAUGCCUAUUCCGAGCCCUCAACUAGCCGAAGGAGGGUGGAGUCAGAACAAUUGGGACUUCGAAUGUCCCCGGCUAGUCUGUCUUCGGGCGGCUCCAACCAGUCCAGUCUGUCCUCAGGGUCUACCACUUUCCAAAUACUUUCCGUCUCUUCGAAAUGGGAACAUCAGAGCGAAGACGAGGAAGCAGAAGACAUUGAAAAUGGGAAUCGUUUUUCCGGACGAUCUUCUUCUCACGUCGAGCUCUCCACUCCACUUGCUGUUAAUUACAAGCCCGUUUCUGUAGAGUCAAAUAACAAUUAG